GAUAUGUUACGUUUAUGAGCUAUAUAAAGAUAAAUGGCCAAAUUUAAGAUUAGAGCAGUGGAUUUCGGAAUCAGACAAAAAAUUUAAAUCCCACGUUCCCUUUCCAAAUGCUGCAUUUGAUGAAGUUACAGGCACCACUUCUGAUGCUCUAAUCUGAUGGAGUUCUUGGAAGAACUUCUUGCCUGGUUUGAAACUACAGCCUGGAUGCUGAAAGCCUGAAACCACGAAGUCUGAUCACGCCUUCAUCAUCCCAGUUUAUAAAGCGGGUUACUUCGUCAAAAAUACAAUCACGCUUCAACCACCAUCAUACCUAGUAACUUACGUCCGUCACUGCAUAAAGACCACAAACUUCCCCCCCCAAAAAAAAAAAAACUGCAGAGACUGUAGUAGUCUGCGUAUAUAUCAUACUGGACAUAAUUUUCGUUCCACCAGAAACACACACUAAACUAACCAAGAAGCCACAAAAAACCACGCUUUAACACACCCAUUUUCACCACAGAUAUAAAAGUUCCCAAUAACAAAAAGAAAAAGAAAAACGCAGCUAGAAUGCUCAUUUUCAACAACAUUUCCAUUCCUUUACGUACACCCUUAGUCCUCAAAGCCACUCCACGAAGAAACGCCGUCGUUCUAGCUCAAAAGCAGCAGCAGACACUAACGGCUUUAACUAACUUGACAAUCUCCGACGAGGCGUUAGCCUCACGUGGGUUCGCUCUUCACCGUACGAUCAACAAGCUCAACCUCGACCACCUCAACUCGGUGUUCGUAGCCGUCGGAUUUCCGAGGCGGGACACGGAUAAGAUACGAGUGGCGUUGGAGAAUUCGGAUGCGCUGCUGUGGAUAGAGUACGAGAAAGCCGAGAGGCCCGUGGCGUUUGCUAGAGCGACGGGGGAUGGCGUUUUCAACGCUAUAAUUUGGGAUGUUGUUGUGGACCCCAGUUUCCAGGGGAUUGGUUUGGGGAAGGCUGUGAUGGAGCGGUUGGUGAAUGUGCUGUUGGAGAAAGGGAUUACCAAUAUUGCUUUGUAUUCGGAGCCCCGGGUUCUGGGGUUUUAUAGGCCUCUGGGUUUUGUAGCGGAUCCGGAUGGGAUCCGUGGGAUGGUGUACUCCAGGAAGCAAAAGAAGAAAAGGUAGGCUAGAUAGGAGUUUGCCGCUGAUUUUUCAUGAGAGUUUUUUCUCUUUUGACUAGAAAUUGUUUUUUUUUUUUUUUUUAAGGCACAAGCAAAGUGCUGCCCUACAAC